AUGGAUAAAUUACAGUAUCUUGGCUUAGAUCAACCAGCAAUUAACUGGUUUCAAUCUUAUCUCAGUGGUCGAAUGCAAAUGUGCAGUGUGAAUAGAGUUUUAUCAGAUGCACAAAUGCUUUCUUGUGGGGUCCCACAAGGAACUAUUUUAGGACCACGUCUAUUUCUAAUUUAUAUAAAUGAUUUACCAAGCUAUGUUACCCAUAGUUCCACGAGAAUGUUUGCGGAUGAUACAAACCUUAAUGUAUCAGAAUGUAGCAUUCCAGAAAUCAAAUCACUAUUAGAACGUCAUAUCCAGUGUGUUGUAGAAUGGCUAUGUGCAAACAAACUCACAUUGAAUGUCGUUAAAACUGAAAUUAUGAUGGUUGGCUCAAGACAAAGAUUAGCCACCCAUACUGAACAUUUUGACUUAACAAUUGAUGGAAUGGCUCUCUUGCAGGUACAUGAAGUUACGUGCUUGGGGCUCAAAAUCGAUGAAAACCAGGGGGCUUAUAUAGUAGGCGGUGCAACGCGCUGAUGUCGCGCUGAUCGAUGUGCGAUGCGGAAAAGGACUGGCACGAGCGUGCUUUUCGGCAAAAGUUGACAAGGAGCGUGAUUUUUCCUGCUGUUGUAUUUUCGCUGUUUUUUCAUUAACUACGAAAUUCUUGAGGAUGUUUUUGCACUGUAACGACGAAGUAGUAACUAGUGUAUCGUACGAAUGCUUGUUUGGCCUGUAUAGUUGAAUUUUGAAAGAAAUAUUGAGGAUAAUGAGUCGGGCUUUUGAUGACUUCAAUGAAGGGAAAUUUUCAAAACAGCAUUUGGGCAUGUUAUCAAGUCGUCCAAACUUCGAAAUUCAGUUGAUGGUAAAGAUUAUAAUUAUGUGCUUAUCUCCAAAAGUUUUCAUAAGACUCGGAGUUGAGCAAUUGAAUAUACAGCGUUGGAAAGUGAGGUAUUUUUGUGUGUUAAAUUUUGCCUCGUUAGACCAUUAUUUCGCUGCAAAAAAAUAAACAACAAUUGUAUUUUGGCCAUGUCAUGAUUUUUUGUUAUUAUGUUAAUAAUUUUGUACGACUUUUAAGGCAUUCAAUUGAAGUAAUUCUGAGCCGUAAACAUAUUUUACUUCUUGGCCUUUGAAUCAAAAUACGACUCGCUCGGACGUUUGUUGAGCGCAAUAGUCGAAAAAGUUUCGUCCCAACUUUGAUUUUUUUUGACCGGCUGGCCAAGACAACUUCUCGUAAGGAUUCGUUAAAAAAAUACAAAUUCAAGUUGAGCAUUUCUUGAUUUUCAACUGAAAAGAUCAACUAGUGGCUAAAAUUAAUUAUGAAUUGUAUUCUAUCGAACGUGAACGAUACGUGUACGUACGAAGAGUUUUAAAAACCUUUCACGUCAUGCUUCUUGCGAAAGCAACCGUUCGUAAGCUUUCGCAAGCGUUUUGAGCAAAAACUCUAAAAUAUUGGCAGUAUUACCUGAAAAUACAAUAGCAGAAUCUACUAAAUUAUCGUAUAACAUCGGAAUUUUACCCCCAAUAUCUAUUUCUUCAUCAAAACUUGACUACAAAACAGUCAAAACUUCCAGCUCAGUUUUCCCGCCAUAUUUAUCCUUGCCAUAAGACAACGUCGCCAUAGUAACCACAACAAACUCGUUACCAGUUCAUUGCAUCACACAUCGAUCGGCGCGCCUAUAGCCGUUUCACCGCCCUAUAUAUAAGCGCCUUGAAAAGGUCAUGUUCAAAACAUAAAAAAUAAAAUUAUAACAAUUAAUUUAAUUUACGCGUUAUGAAAAAGGCAAAACCAUAUUUGAGCCGGCAGCUUCUCAUUAACAUAUACUACACAAUAGUAAAACCUCACUUUGAUUAUUGCAGCACUGUGUGGGACAGUAUUGCUAUGACGUUAGCCGAUCAACUCCAAAAGUUACAAAAUCGUGCAGCUCGUAUCAUUACUGGAGCCCCAUACAGAGCCGUUCAUGCACACACGCGAUGUUUUUUCUGAUUUGGGUUGGUCAACUCUGGCACACAACCGCAAAGUUCAGAAAGCUAUAAUGAUGCACAAAAUUAUGAAUGGAGACUCUCCUUCAUAUUCAUCUGAAAUGUUUGAGAAGCAGUCUGGCUCAGCUACUUAUGACUUGAGGUCAUCUAAUUUAAAUGUUCAGAUACCUAAUGUUCGAACUGAAUGUUAUAAAAAAAGCUUUGCAGUUUCUGCGGCUUUCUUUUGGAACUCCUGACCAAAUGAACUUAAAGAGGAGAAAAGUUUAUCAAAAUUUAAGAUUUCACUGUAAAUAUACUUUGUAUCUAUAUUACAUAUUCACAUCUAUUAUAUUUGAUCUACAUAAAAAAAACCCGAAAAAAUGUAAAUAUAGUUCUGUUAAAACAUACACGGCUUCUAGAUAGACCAGACUUAAUAAUUUAACAUUUGUAAAUAUUAUUUCUGAUAAAACCACCGUGUUUAAAUAAAAAUUAUUUCAACAAAAAAUAAAAAGAAUUAUAAAAAUAAAAAUUAUUGGCGCUCAAACCAAAUGAGCUGCAGAGUCCAGUACCAUUAUUAUGUGACAUAACGAACCCUUAAUGAAAAAUAUUCGAAUGGAAAUGUCGUGGUAUGGUUGAUGUCUCAACAUUCCAAAGAUACAUUAAGAGGAAGAACAGUUUAAACUAAACCGAUAAAACAAUUCAAUAUAACCAAGAAGUUAGCUUAAUCAAAUUAUGCUUUUAUAUCCUCUACACCAUUAAGCAAAUAAACAAAAGAAUCAGUGAUUUUUACUGGUUUAUUGGAAAUAUGGUUCAAAUACCUUACCUUAAAACUUCUGACUAAAGUUUACACGAUGUUACAAUGUGGUCUUGCUAAUAUUCACAAAAUUACUUCUUACUAUUUAUACUAAUAGGUCACUAAACAUUGUUGUUUACCAACUACAAAAUACAGAUUCACUCGAACAAUAUCAAGUUUACUGUCACAUGACUGAAUUAUCUGGAUGUGGCCAAGGAGGUUGGACAUUAGUGAUGAAAAUGGAUGCGAACAAGGGACGAAUAAUCUUUGCCUAACAUAAUCUCUUUGAAUGUUUAAACAUGACAAGAAAUAAUAUAGAAAAAAUGAGUACACCUUUUGCUUUGCAGAAUGAAUUCAACUACAACUCUUCUUUUUGGACAAACAGAGAAACCUACGCAGUUGAAAAUGGACUUGAAGGUUUGAACGAAAAUCAGGCAAAACUUGCUUCUUACUGGAACACACCAUUUAACAAAAUAUGCCUCGGAAUGAAAGUCAAUGGUGCUACAAAAUGGAUAGCGUUAAACUACACCACAAACUCUUUACACAGUGUGAUCGAAGACGGGACUUUUGAAGGAACAACUUUUGGAAAGGAAGCAUGGAAGUCUCUCAUCAAUCAAUGGUUCGUUGGUCUGGUGGCAAAUUGA